CUAAAGAACGCUAGCUCUCCCACACAGAUUCGAGGCGACGAUAUCCCAAAAUAUUCGUGGACCGAGAUUUUGCAAUCAAUCAACGAAACUUCUCAAUUUCGAGACUUCCCAUUACACAAUCACAAACUUGACCCUUAAACAUCCUACCUUCAAAUUAAGAAGAUAUGGGGGGCAAGGCAGAAAACAAGGCCGGCUACUUCGAAAAGCUCAAGGGUCUCCUCGAGGAGUUCAGCAGCAUCUUCGUCGUCACAGUUGACAAUGUCAGCUCCCAGCAGAUGCACGAAAUCCGACAGUCCCUCCGUGGUGAGGGUGUCGUCUUGAUGGGAAAGAACACCAUGGUCCGUCGUGCCAUCAAGGGCUUCAUCUCCGACUCCCCCGAGUACGAGCGUCUCCUUCCUUUCGUCAAGGGCAACGUCGGCUUCGUCUUCACCAACGGUGAUCUCAAGACCAUCCGUGACAAGAUUCUCGCCAACAAGGUUGCUGCGCCUGCCAGAGCUGGUGCCGUUGCUCCCGCCGAUGUCUACGUCCCUGCUGGUAACACUGGCAUGGAACCCGGAAAGACCUCCUUCUUCCAGGCUCUCGGUGUCCCAACCAAGAUUGCUCGUGGUACCAUUGAAAUUACGAGCGAUCUCAAGCUCGUCGAAGCUGGCAGCAAGGUCGGAGCUUCCGAGGCUACACUUCUCAACAUGUUGAACAUCUCUCCGUUCACAUACGGUAUGGGUAUCUCUCAAGUCUACGACCAAGGCAACACCUUCCCACCAAGCGUUCUCGAUAUUGAAGAGUCUCAGCUCCUCAAGUCAUUCACCAGCGCGAUCACCACCAUUGCUUGUAUCUCGUUGGCCGCCAACUUCCCAACCCUUCCUUCUGUCAUGCACUCCGUCGUCAACAGCUACAAGAAGGUUUUGGCUGUUGCCGUUGAGACCGAGUAUGGAUGGCCCGAGAUAGAGGAGUUGAAGGACCGCAUUGCCAACCCUGAUGCUUACGCUUCUUCCGCUCCUGCGGCUGCCACUGGAGGUGAUGCCCCAGCUGCCGCGGAGGAGAAGGAAGAGGAGAAUGAGGAAGAGGCUGAGGAGUCCGGAGAUGAGGGAUUCGGAGGUCUUUUCGACUAAGUUGGUCAUGAUCUUGCAUAGAUAUGUGGGAUCCUUGGGGAGGUUUACG